GCAACUGGGAUGAAGAAACAUCCGUACAUCAUCGAAGCCCAGAUACGAGAAAGAGGGGAAUGAGCUUGUCUCUCCUUCAAGGCUAUUCUUCGGCGGAAGAUGAAGAAUCGGCUGAGCCUGACCGUAUUCAUUACGGCGAAUCCUCCGAAGAAGAUGGCGGUGAAGACGGCAUCGGUGGUAAAACCCAUUCCGACGCUCCCAAGCGGUACGACUCCUCCGUCUUCGAUUUCCCCGAUCCCUCCCGUAAAUCCGCACUCCCUUCCGCAUUCGACGCUUUUUCGCAGGUUUCAGGGCCACCGGCGUACCUAAACCAUGCAGUCGAGGAACUGGGUUCAGUAAGUGACUCUGCCCAACAGCAAGGAAGGCGCGGUGGCCGGAGGGAAUUCAAAGAUAAGAAUGAUAUGCCUUCUGGUGCCGUGGUAGAAGCAAAACCUCAGCUUGUUGGAAUCCAUGAUCGAGUGAGAAGUGAUAUUGAGGGUAGCAAGCCUCCUGCUUCAGCAGUUCCAAACACCAAACAGGAUGGAACAAAGCGAGUCGCAACUGCAACAAAUCCAAAUGCAGAAGAUGCUGCAGAACUCUUGAGGGUGUGCCUACAAUGUGGGGUUCCGAAGACAUACUCCAGUGCUAGAGGAAUGGUCUGUCCGGUUUGUGGUGACCGUCCUCUUGCAGAUGCCGACAAAGAUUCCAAGAAGAAGGGGUCUGCUAUCAAAGAUAAAGAGAAAAGUAAGAGAAUGAGGGGCCAGUCAUCACAUGCAACCUGGAAGAGUGAGACAGAGAUGCAACUCAGGCAGCAAUUUGACUAGUCGGAUAUUCUUGACUUGCACCUCGGAAAAUGUUGGUGUUCUCGGGUUGAGAGGGUUAUGUAACUGAUAAAGUCCAUGCAAUAUCCGUGUCCGCAAACUUUAAAUUCAUUGAUGAAUGUUGUUCUAGGUACAUUGAGCAUAAUUUGGGAAUGUUAUGUAUCAUAGCCGACCAAGAAUGCUUAAUCUAUGUACUGUGUUUUACUUGUUUUUCUCAGUUGAGGUGAGAUUUUAGGGA